CCUGAGCGUCACCCAGUUAGUUAUUUCAAGUCUUGGGGUCCGGAGAAUUCUUUCUGUGCUGUGGAGGGAAAUUGUCGUGUGGUCCUGGUGUUUCUAGCGGUGACGACAGUGAGGCGACCAGUCUGACAACUUCUAUUACCCGCGUGAAUAUUGGUCUGUGUGCUACUCGCUAUGCCGCUGCCAGUUGCGCUGCAGACUCGCUUGGCCAAGAGAGGCAUCCUCAAACACCUGGAGCCUGAGCCAGAGGAAGAGAUUAUUGCUGAGGACUACGAUGAUGAUCCCGUGGACUAUGAGGCCACCCGGUUGGAGGGCCUGCCACCAAGCUGGUACAAGGUGUUUGACCCUUCCUGCGGGCUCCCUUACUACUGGAAUGUGGAAACAGACCUCGUGUCCUGGCUCUCCCCACAUGACUCCAACUCCAUCAUUACCAAAUCUGUCAAGAAGCCCAGGAGCAGUAAUGCAGAUGCUGAGGAGAAGUUGGACCGGAGCCACGAGAAAUCGGACCGGAGUCACGAGAAGUCAGACCGGAGCCAUGAGAAGUCAGACCGGAGCCACGAGAAGUCAGAUAGAGACCGAGAGCGUGGUUAUGAGAAGGUGGACAGAGAGAGAGAACGGGACAGGGAUCGGGACCGGGACCGUGGAUAUGACAAGGUGGAGAGAGAAGAGAGCAAAGAACGGCGCCACCAUCGCCGGGAGGAGCUAGCUCCCUACCCCAAGAGCAAGAAGGUUGCAAGCCGGAAGGAUGAAGAAUUAGACCCUAUGGACCCCAGCUCGUACUCAGAUGCACCCCGGGGCACAUGGUCAACAGGACUCCCCAAGCGGAACGAGGCGAAGACCGGUGCAGACACGACAGCCGCUGGGCCCCUCUUCCAGCAGCGCCCUUAUCCAUCCCCAGGGGCCGUGCUACGCGCCAACGCCGAGGCCUCUCGAACCAAGCAGCAGGACUGAACCCUAGUGGGUCUUCAAUAAAAUCUUUUCAGUGGGUCAUUCCCACCAGGCCAGA